UCAUAAAAAAGAGAUUUCGCUUUGCGCAGGUCCGUUACUUUUUGCUUUACGAUAUUGCGAUCAGCUGUUCGAGUGAUGACGUCACUUUAUCAAAGUUUCUUGAAAAUUACAACGCGAGUGUUUUGAUUGUUUCAGUGUUUUAUUUAUUUAUUGCGAAUAUUUCAUAGUGCGUUUAUAUUUCUGUGUAUGGACCAAGAUUCAUAAAAAUCUUGUCAAAUUAAAAAUCAUAUGAAUCUUGUGUAUGGACAAUAAAAAUGAAGUGCGCGGUACUAAAUUGCCACACUGACUACAAAGUUAAGGCAUCAGAGUGCAGCCUGUUUUCUUUCCCAGUGAACCCCGUGCUGAGGAAAGAAUGGAUUCAAUUUUGCCGGCAAAACAAGGACUAUAAUUUUAGCACAGCCUACAUAUGUAUGGAGCAUUUUGUUAGAGAGGACUUCGAAAAUAUCGUCCAGUUUGAAAUGGGUUUUGCAAAGAAACGAAUUCUUAAACGGGAAGCCGUACCAUCAAUUUAUAAGCCAUCCGAUGCUAAUCCGGAGCGUUCGCAGCGAGUUCAACGCCGCCGAAACAAAGAAAUUGUCGAUGAGCUCCUGCGACAGAGUGAAGAGUCUACAUCACAUGAAGGUGGAAUUUGCUCCAA